AUGGAGCACGGCAGACCCGAGGCGGCCCUAUUUUUCAUCACGCUCUCAUUUGGCUCUGGUUGGGAACUGCUUGGGUUCGGUUACUGCCAACCAGAAAAGCGCGGCUAUCCCAUCAUCAGGCUGGCUCCCCUCUACAACACGAUCUGCUCGACGGCCUCGAUGGGUUUAUUUAACCGAAGAUCUGGUCCUCGUCCGGCCCCGAGGCUGCCGGCAGACGAAAGUCUGCACGGGAUCCGCAACGCCCUGCGCCGUUUAGUCGAGACCUCGACGCUCAUCUCUCCACCGGCCGACCAUGGCCCGCCGGAACGACUGCACGUCACGAUAGCAGUGGACCGGCCGACGAAGCCGACGAACGCGACCGCGGCCAUGCCUAUCAUCGUGCUCGGCCACAGCACGUUGGCCCGACUUCAGAGCGUGUUCCAGGACAUGUGUCGACGCACGCUCUCAAUCGCCCUGAUGCCGCUGGCGCCCGCCAUGAUGACGCAGGGCCACACGCUGACGCAGGUCCGGCUGGCACGCUUCCUUCGCGACGUACAGGAGGAGCCACGACUGCCGGCGCUGACCAAAGACCGCUACACGUUUGAGGACUUUCUCGAACUGCUGGCCCUGUCGGCCGGCUGGGACGCCCAAAAGCUGCCGGACGCCAAGGACCUGGACACGUCGCACCCGAUCUCGCACUAUUUUGUCAGCAGUAGCCACAACACGUAUCUGGUGGGCAACCAGCUGUCGUCGGACGCGUCGGUGGACGAGUACCGCAAGGUUCUGGAGCGUAACUGCCGCUGCAUCGAGAUCGACGUGUGGAAUCCGCCGGCCAGAAGCGGCCGAACAGGCGGCCGAGGCAGUGGCCGGACAGCAGCCCAUGACCGGUCCAAGUCGCCGGGCAAACAGCUGCACGGACGGCACACACCGUCGAACUCAGUGGCCACGUCGAUUCAAGAAGGCAUCGACGCGGUGGCGAGCCUGAUCACAGGACGGACGACGCUCAGCCGCAGCCGAGCGUCCAGCACGAGCCAGGCACCGCCAGCCGGAGAGACCAGCACGCAGGAGACUCUGCUGCAGCGGUCGAUGGCGACGACGGCAAUCGAGGACGACGACGCAGCCGUGGCCGACGCAGGCACGACCAUGUCGCGGACGGCCAGCACAGUUCUGACACAGGCGACGACAGACGCCGGCAACACGACGACGACCUCUAUGAGCACAAUGAGCUCCAGCAGCGCCGGCACACCAGAGCCAGAUGAACCGGUGGUGAUGCACGCACACACGCUGGCCAGAAGCGACUGGACGCUGGGAACACAGGUGCCGUUCCGUGACGUGUGUCGAGCAGUGCGCAGCGCCGCGUUUGCCGACAAUGACCUGCCGCUGAUCGUCAGCCUGGAGGUGCACACAAACGCAGCACAGCAGCGCCAGAUGGUCAAGAUCAUGCGCGAGGAAUGGGGCGAUCUGCUGCUAGACCAACAGCUAGACGGCACCGAUCCACGGUUGCGUCUGCCCACACUGGAAGAGCUGAAGCGUAAGAUCCUGGUCAAGGUCAAGAAGCCGGCAGUGGCGACGAGUCUUGCUGGAGGAACAGGGGCAACUAGCGGGACAACAGCAACUACUGCCACCACUACUGCCACUAUCACUACUACUACCACCGCCACCACAGAGGACUCCUUCACUCCUCGGCCAGCCCUACACCACGUCGUCGGCCUGGGCACGUCGCUCUUAGCAGUAGCCAACAACGCCGGCGCAUUGUCGGGCUCCGAGGACGACGAGCCAAACGCGGCGCCAGUCUCGGCUUCCUUACCGCCGAGCUCCAUCACACACGAGCUCGGCAGCCUGGCCGUCUACACAGAGAGCCGGCGGUUCACCAACUUUAGCGAUCGGGCGGCCAAGCUGCCAGGCCACAUCUUUAGCCUCGACGAUACCGUCAUCCAGACCCUGCACGGAAAGCAGCACGAAGAGCUCUUCCAGCACAACAAGAAGUACCUGAUGCGCGCCUAUCCCAACGCCACGAAACACGUCUCCAGCUCGAAUCCGGACCCGGCUCCAUGCUGGCGACGCGGCGUCCAGAUGGUCGCCCUCAACUGGCAGACCCUCGACAAGGCCAUGAUGCUCAACCACGCCAUGUUUGCGGGGUCGCCGGGCUGGGUCCUGAAGCCGCCGGGGUACCAUUCCAGUGGUGGUGCUACUGUUACUGCUGCUACUGCUGCCACUUCUACGACGACCUGUCCUGUGGCUGUUGCUGCUCCCGUCUGCACCAUCGACCUCUACAUCACCAUUUUGGCCGGCCAGCACCUGCCCCUGCCGCCGUCGCUGCUGAAACGCGGCGGACACCGGCUGGACGAGGUCACCGGCAUCGUGAGCGGCCACGCCCGCAAGGACUUCCGGCCCUACGUCCGAGCUGAACUCAACGUCGAGCGCCCCGAUGAGCGCUGUCCCGAGGUGGCCGAUUGCGCCUCGUCGUCUGCUGCUGCUGCUGCCGCCACCACCACGGCCCCGGCUACGUCGACUUUCGCCUCGAUUGCCUCUGUCUUUGGCUCUGCCGCCGUGCCCGAGUUGUCACUGAGGCAGAAGACCGUUCCCGCCCGGACAGACCAGCCCGACUGGGGCUCCCGCGGCUCCGUGAUGCGCUUCAGAAACAUCGCCGGCAUUGUCGAGGCACUCAGCUUCAUUGUAUUCUGUGUCGAGGACGACGGGACCCGGCCGACCGUCUCUCUGGGCCGCAACGACGCCCUCGCUGGCUGGGCCUCCUUCCGGCUGGAUCAGCUGCGGACAGGCUAUCGCUUCAUCAGCCUGAUGGAUGGCCGCGGCAAUCCUACCGAUGGAAAGCUCCUCGUGCUUGUCGAAAAGGUCGUCAAGUAA